AACCUGCCGAACGACCGUCACUCACCGGAGCCUGUCGGGGAGCCAGCCUGGUCCCCGCGGCCCCGAGAUGAGGUGCGGCUGGGGACCCUGGUCCCUCGCGCUCCCCCUCCUGCUAGCGCAGCUGGCUGUGCCAGGCGAUGGCAACGAGGGCAGCAGAGCUGGAAGUUGUCUUUGUGAUAGAAGUUUUUCUUCUGACUCUCCAACGUUUAAAGAAAUGGAACGUUUCCAAAAACUACUGAAAACCUAUGAUCGCUGUGGUGACUAUGUCAGGUUCCAGCUAAAGUUCCAACAACGGUCCUGGAGUGUAUGUGGGGGCAGCAAGGACCAGUGGGUGAAUGAAUUGAUCAGCUACUUUGCUAAGAGAGAAAGUGGACAUGCUUACUCUGGAAGAGUGGUCCAGCAGGAGCAUUCACCUCCCCCCAGCACCCAGAUUCCUGAGUCCACUGAAGGGGCACCUGCAGUCACGGACACCCCUACUCAGACAUACCUGCCACUCACCCUGCAGUCUACCCAGCAGCCUACGCUUCCAGUAGGAACACUGUCCUUGGACAAAAAGCUCAUCCACUCCCAUGAAACCACUACUUCCUCUGUGGGCCAUAGUGUAGAGGUUGGGCCUGAAGCUGGGGUGAACCAGAAGCACUUAGAAGAAAAUGUGGGUUCUCCAGCUGGGUCACAUGGUGUCAUGGUGCCAGUGCUGUCUCUCUUGGGCAUCGUCUUCUUCCUCACUGCAGCCCUUCUCUAUGUGCUGUGCAAGAGGAGAAGGAAGCAGUCACCGGAGUACUCUCCAGAUUUGGAGCUUCAAUAUACACCUGUGGCAUCAUAUUCAUUCCAACAGUUGAGCUAAGAAUGGAAGCUUGUGAGAGUAGAAAAUGUGAUUUAUCCACUACCAUAAACAUUUAAUAAACUGGAACAGUCUCUCUGGCACAUAGUAGGCACUCUGUACAUAUCUGUUACUGUUUAACACCAGCCACUGCCCUCUGUUAGAACUUUCCUUUUGUCUUUACAUUGUGUAAUAUUCUGAACGUAUAUUAUUUUUACUAAAAAGUAUUUUUCUAA